UGAAAUCCUCCACCCCGUUUCCAGACCAAACCACUCCCUCCCUCCGCCUAUUUCAAAUGUGACACACGGCGAGUAUCAGCGAGUUCAGUUCACACUUAACAGAAAAUACCGCAGUGGUCCGCCGGGGAACGAACGCUCGAUCUGCAUUUACGAAGUCGUCGACAUGCCGAACUGGGGCGGCGGGAACACGUGCGAGGCAUGCCAGGGAAAGGUGUACCACGCCGAGGAGGUGCAGUGCGAUGGGAAGAGCUUUCACAAGUCCUGCUUUCUCUGCAUGGUGUGCCGGAAGGGGCUGGACAGCCACACGCUGGCCAUCCACGACCGGGAGAUCUACUGCAAGUCCUGCUACGGGAAGAAGUACGGGCCCAAGGGGUACGGGUACGGCCAGGGCGCCGGGACCCUGAACAUGGACCGGGGGGAGAGGCUGGGGAUCAAACCGGAGGAGACACACAGCCACCGGCCCACGACCAACCCCAACCCGUCCAAGUUCGCCCAGAAGUUCGGCGGCUCGGAGAAGUGCGCCCGGUGCGGGGAGUCCGUGUACGCCGCCGAGAAGAUCGUGGGAGCGGGCAAGCCCUGGCACAAGAGCUGCUUCCGCUGUGCCAAGUGUGGGAAGGGCCUGGAGUCCACAACUCAGACAGAGAAGGACGGAGAGAUCUACUGUAAAGCUUGUUACGCCAAGAACUUCGGACCCAAAGGAUUUGGCUACGGUCAGGGGGCUGGGGCCCUGGUCCACGCCCAAUAGCAAAGUGCGCCAAAGUACCGUCAUGGAGAGCCC